UUGUCUAGAGUACUGGAAUGCUCUAGCCUCAGACCUGUACCGAGAAUCCCCGUUCCUACCUCCCACUGGAUCUUCUCCUCUUUAUCUACCAAGACCCACCUCUAGACGGCAAUUUUAUCAACCUAUUCUCACUAAGGUGAGAGCUCUGAUGAUCAGCCGAAUGGCCAAGCCUGAAGAGGUGUUGGUGGUGGAAAAUGAGCAGGGUGAAGUUGUGAGAGAGUUCAUGCGUGAUACUGACUCCAUCAACAUGUACAAGAACAUGCGUGAAACACUAGUUUAUCUCACACAUUUGGAUUAUGCGGAUACUGAACGUAUUAUGACAGAAAAGCUAGGCAACCAGGUGAAUGGCAGCGAGUGGUCGUGGCGCAACCUGAACACACUCUGCUGGGCGGUGGGCUCUAUCAGUGGUGCUACAGAAGAAGAUGAAAAGCGAUUCUUGGUUAUUGUUAUCAAAGAUCUCUUGGGUCUCUGUGAGCAAAAGAGAGGCAAAGAUAACAAAGCCAUCAUUGCUUCAAAUAUCAUGUACAUUGUGGGACAGUACCCAAGAUUCCUUCGCAUACAUUGGCGCUUCCUCAAGACUGUCAUCAACAAACUUUUUGAGUUCAUGCAUGAAACUCAUGAUGGUGUUCAAGACAUGGCUUGUGAUACCUUUAUCAAGAUUGCACAAAAAUGCAGGCGUCAGUUUGUGCAAAUGCAAGUUGGGGAAGCUAUGCCAUUCAUUGAGGAAAUCUUAUCUUCCAUUAAUUCUAUUAUCUGUGACCUACAGCCUCAGCAGGUGCACACAUUCUAUGAAGCGGUGGGUUACAUGAUAAGUGCCCAAACUGACCAGGUUGUUCAAGAACACCUAAUUGAGAAAUAUAUGAUGCUACCAAACCAAGUCUGGGAUGAAAUCAUAAAUCAGGCAUCUAGGAAUGUGGACAUCUUGAAGGAUUCAGAUGUUGUUAAACAGUUGGCAAACAUUUUGAAGACCAAUGUCAGAGCAUGCAAAGCUCUGGGACAUCCAUUUGUGACACAGCUUGGGAGAAUCUAUUUGGAUAUGCUGAAUGUGUACAAGGUCAUGAGUGAAAACAUUAGUGCAGCUAUUGCCCUCAAUGGGGAAGGGGUCACUAAACAGCCCCUCAUCAAAUCCAUGCGGGUUGUGAAGAAGGAGACCUUAAAGCUUAUAUCUGGCUGGGUGUCCCGGUCAGAGGAUCACACACUGGUGUUGGAUAACUUCAUUCCCCCUCUGCUGGAAGCUGUUCUUCUCGAUUACCAGCGAACGGGAGUGCCAUCUGCUCGAGAACCUGAAGUUUUGUCAACUAUGGCUACAAUUGUCAAUAAAUUAGAGUCACACAUCACUCUCCAAGUUCCUCAGAUCUUUGAUGCCGUCUUCGAGUGUACAUUAUCAAUGAUCAACAAAGAUUUUGAGGAAUUCCCUGAGCACAGAACAAACUUCUUCCUUCUCUUACAGGCGGUGAAUACACAUUGCUUCACUGCACUCCUCAAUAUCCCCCCAGCACAGUUCAAACUAGUAUUGGACUCCAUAAUAUGGGCAUUCAAACACACAAUGAGAAAUGUUGCCGACACAGGCUUACAAAUUCUUUACCAGCUGCUGCAGAACAUUUCAACUCACGAACGGGCAGCAAGCAGUUUCUACCAGACUUACUAUACAGAUAUUUUGCAGCAUAUUUUCUCAGUUGUCACAGAUUCUUCUCACACAGCUGGGCUCACUAUGCAUGCAUCAAUCUUAGCCUACAUGUUCACCCUGGUUGAACAAAAUCGCAUCACGAUAAGUUUGGACCAAGCAAACCCCACAGCCCCCAGCACCAACAAUGUAACAUACGUGCAGGGCUUUGUAGCCAACCUCCUGAAGGCGGCGUUCCCUCACCUCACAGAGAAUCAAAUCAAGAUUACAGUGCAAGGGAUGAAUGACCUGAAUCAAGAUGUUCCUGCCUUUAAGGAGCACCUGAGAGAUUUCCUUGUACAGAUCAGAGAGGUAACCGGUGAUGAUGACAGUGACCUCUACCUGGAGGAGAGAGAAGCAGCUCUACGGCAAGCGCAAGAGGAGAAGCGCCGUGUGCAAAUGAAUGUGCCUGGCAUCUUGAAUCCCCAUGAGAUCCCUGAGGAGAUGCAAGAUUAAAAACCACAGUAAGAGACAGCUCGCAAUCAUCACUGUCCAUAUAUAUAUCAAGCGACUAUGUGAGACUUCAUAAAGUUGACUUCGCUGUACUGUCGUUUCCAUCUCAUAAAUGUCCGAAGGUAAUAUAUUAUUAUAUGUCUGGAGAUUUUCACACUUUUUCUGAAGUGUGUUAUCCAGAUGAGAGUUAACUGCAGCAACUACAUGAAAUUUUUCAGAUUGUAGCAAAUUAAGUAAUAGUCUGGGCAAAGCUGUGAAUUUAUGAUCAUAUUCAUAAUAAGCAAGCUAUCCUAACUUUGUUUCUAGUGAACAUACGAGCUGUUCCAUACUGGAAUAUUUUUUUUCCAAACCCUCCUGGAAAAUAUUUAUUGAAGAUGAGUUCAUUUGUAUUGUGUGGUUGUCUGAUGGUUGACUUCUACUUUUUGCAGAAAAUGGCAUUGUAUUUGGUAACAGAAGAGCAUAUGGUGUGAGUGAUAGUGUUUUUUUUAUUCUUUUUUUUUUUCAAUGUUUACAGCAUUGGGUCCCAUAAUACAGGCAAAAAGUUCCUGACAGUCAUGGUUUAAAAGAGAAAUGCUCUCUUCACUUACAUUUUUAACAACAGAUGGAACUAUGCAAGUACUCUACAGUAUUUUGUUCCAUUAUGAAGUAGCAUGAUAGCAGAAAAUGCCUUCUGUUACAUCUUUUAGGCAGAAAGGAUUAGAGAGACAAUAUCUGUUCUGUCAUCAUGUUGUAAUAAAAUAAUGCCUUUGCUUUUGCUUGUGCAUGCAUUGAUCCCCUCAUAAUCAUCCCUCUGUAAGCACAAACUACCCUGUAUGUUAAAUUGUUAUAAGUCUGUAUGAUGCACAGUAAAAAUAGUACUAUUUGUUAAAAGUAAAAGACAAGGCAAGGAGUCUUUCAGAGAAUGAUGAUUUAUUCUAAUAACAGAACUUUUCUUUUUAACUUUGUCUUAAUGAGAUAAUGUAACAAAACUGUGGAGGAAGAUACAAAUUAACUAAGUGUUUAUGAAAAUGAUCAAAAGAUGUAUAUUUGAUAGGCAUUACUAAAAGAUGAUCCACUUAGGGCCCUAACAGACUUGCUACUACUGUUUCUAGCUUUGUGUUGAUUUCAAGAACUCCUUACUAUUAUUCUUGAUUUAUAGUUUUUGGAUUGCACUAUCUGCUGUUUUAUCAUUUGGUUGUGAGAGAACAUUUCUCUUUUGUUUUUGUUUUUUGGCAUAUUGUCAUCAUUCGUUUAUUCAUGAGGGAUUCAUCGCAAUGGGAGACUUCAGAUCUUUGCUUUGUUAAGAUAGUCUAGGGUUAGAAUUCCAUUAUUUUGAAGUACAAUUUGGCCUCUAGACUCCUGAGAACCAUUGUCUUGUCUCUUGUUUUGAAGGCGAUUUGAAAACAAAGUGUUACGAGGUAUGAAAAAAACAUCCUUAAAAGAAACUUGCAGGAACUUUCUAAAUCUUUGUUCUGUCUGCUGCUGUAUUAUUACUGUGGCUAGAAACAUGGUAUGCUUCUAAAUGUAUGAAUUGAUCUUAAGGUUUGAAGGAGUUGCAGCAAUGAGACAUUAAUAUUUAUUUAAUUUUUUUUUAAGUUCUCAUGAUUGUUUGAAGCAGCUCCUGUGUGACCAAAGUCUACAUUUUAUGAAUGUGUGUAAUGUUUGUAGUUUUAAAAGAAUGUAUAAUUUUUUGUCAUGGGUGUUAUGCAAGUGAUGUCUUACGUAAGAUUUCAAAAUGGCAAACAGAAUAAGAGAAGUUUCUUGGGGGAAUGUUGCCGUAGUAAAAUGCCAAUCAGAAUUUCUCUUUUUCUUUCUGUUUCCCUCCUUUCUCUUGCCUUCAUUUCAUCUUGUUUUCACGUCAACGGGAAUGUCUCGGAAAAAAAGAAGAUACAUAUGUUUCUGAUGCAUGUCGGUUGCAUAGGGAAGAAAGCAUUUUUGAUAGUGACACCAGUGAUUGGGUAGAGAGAAUGCAUGUUUGGUAUGGAUGUGUAUAUGGAUGGAGGUGGUCACGUGGUAUAACCCCUGUACAAGAAUUUGGUACACCAUUUCAUUAUUAUUCCACAACAUGGCAUUAACAGUGUACAGUAUUAGUUAUCACUUAUUAAAAAUCAUUCCAUACAUUAUUUUCAUUGAAAAAUUUAUGUCUAAAGAAGUAUGUGAAUAUGUAUCUUGUUAAAAAAAAAAAGUGUUUACAGUAACCAUCUGUUCUUUAUCAAGUCCUAUGAAGUGUGUUGUAAAUUUGAUCACUGGAGUGGAGGCUGUCGAGGAGAAAGCUGUAUUGAUGUAAUUUUUUUUUUUUUUUUUUUUUUUUUUUUUUUGCCUUUUUUCAUCACUGGUGUAGCAAAAUCAUGAAAUAUGACACUUGUUGGCAUUUAUUCUUGUCAAGUAACAUGAGAAAAACUUUGCAGAACUCACAUGCAUUGUUGUUUCACAUUGAUUGCCUCUGAUUUUUGACAAGUGAUGAUUCCAGAUGAGCAAGUGUUGGUAAGAAGCAUAAACAUGUUUGUGUUACUGUGGUGAAUGCCACAUCCUGAUUGAGGAUCUUGAUCUUUAUCAUCAUUUACUGCAAGUUAGAAAUGGUUCAGGUAAUUUUGGCACUUGGUUGUUGCUAGUUGUGGAAAAAAAACAAAUUUUGUGUCACGAAAAGAAAAGGAUGGAUGAAUCCUCUAAUGUUUCCCAUUUACAAAAAUCAAGUAGAUAUAUAUAUAUAUAUUAAAAAUAUAAAAAACAAAAUAACAAAAUAAAAAACUAAAAAAAAAAAAAAAAAAUACAAAACAGCUGUGGGAAAAUUGCUAACUUUGGCAGAAUGCUCUGAUUUUUUUUUCUGUUUUAAAAAUUAACAUUUUUAUUAUUAUUAUUAUUAUUAAUUUUUUAUUUUUUAUUUUUACUUUUUUCACUUUGCUUUCUCCCUCAAGAAAUAGUUUUGUGUUAUACUCAUCACAUUUCUUGAACUAAACCCCUCCCGUGUAAGGUAGUGUGAGAGUAUUUAUAUUUUGAGUACUUUGUUCUGUGUUCUGUAUUGAAUGUUAACAAGUUGUUAAUAAAUUAAGAAUUGCCACCCUCCUUUUUUUCUUUUCUUUUUUUUUUUCUUUUAAAUCUAGGGGCACCAUUAAAGUAUGGUAGUGUUGCCUGAUGUGAGACAUUGCCACAUGAAAGUGUGUUUCCUAGUCUGAUCCACAUGCUGUUUGUAAGGAAGUAGAUUUUGGUUCUUUGUAUGUGUAUUACGCUUAUUUUCUCUGUGUUUAUUCAUUUCCCCCAAAUAGUGCUAUAUAUAUAUAUCGUAUAUAUUUAGCUGGUGGUAGGAGAGGGCCCAGAAUAAACAGGUAAUAUAGCUGCAGGUCAUACUAUAAAAGCCAACCUUAUGUCAAGAUUAAUUAAGUUGUAUCUCAGGUGUUCAUUAGGCUUAAUUUACCUUGACUAGUGAGGACUUGUUAUACUAUGAUUUGUUAAGUAGGAAUUUAGUGUAAGUUCUUCAUUCAUGUCACACAAUUGUUUUGUGUAAUUUUUGCCCAGUUCAGAGUAAUACACUACCAGAUGUGCAGAAUGCCCUCUAUGAGACUUGCCGUAGAAUUUGUGGAUUUGGUACAGUAUUGCAGUAAUCCAGAUUUGGUUGUAAGUUUAUUGAAAAUUACUAUUAAAGAACUUACAAGCAAUUAGUUGAUUACUAACAUACCUGGCCAUUUCCCAUGUCCCUUAGCGGUAGUGGAUGUAGACUUUUGCACGUGAUGAGGAAUUAUGCCCUCAUAGAAUUGUCAGUUGAGAUGACUGUGAAAAUACCAUCAGCAGGGUAGUGUGUUGAGGGCUGGAGGAUGACAUCAGUAAGCUUAGUGCAAAAAAUUCAUAGAAAAGUUUAAUAAUAAUUAAAUAAUUAUAAGACUCAAAAAUUGAAGUUCUUUGUCACUGGCUUGCUCAUUUGUCUGCUUCCAGCCCAUUAGUAUGUUUGUUGUGCGUUUCUUCAGUGCGGUAUCCACAGUCCUUUUAUCUCUGUUUUAAGAGAUGGAGGUUUAGUGUGACAGAACAUUUUGAUAUUCUGCUAUUUGUGCAAACUUAGCAAAAUAAAAAAAAAGUAUUUUACAAGAGGA